UUGUGGUAAUAUGAACUUAUUAAGGCGAAAUUGUUCGCUAAAUAUUUGUAUAAAGAUUUGAAAACUUUUGAGACGUUAUAAAACUGAGCUGGUUGUCUACGCUUUUGCACUUUUUGUAUUUUAAAGUUAUGAAAUAACACAAAUCCAUUCCGGAUUAUUUAGGAAUAUUUUCUGUUCGAACAGCGAUCUCCAACAGCGCGGUCGAAAGAUAUUGCGCUACUCUGUAUCUCUCGCUUGAUAAACACUGAUCAAUGUGUGAAGAUGUAGGUUUAAUAUUUCAGCUGACUAGUCACUACAAACAUUCACCAUUUGAUGAUAGUUGAGCAUUUAACCGUGUGAACUUUAUGGCAACGUUUAUAUACUGGAAUGAUAUACUACCUUAAGUGUUAGUUUAAUUUAAAGUUUAAAUGUACGAUUUGUUCUGUUUAUGGAUAUAAGACCCCGGAUUUAUACUGAAAAUAAGUGAAGAGAAUGCAUUGAAGACCAGUGAUUACACUUUUGGAUCAGACGGCAAUUAAAAUGGAGGCACCGGAAACGUUCCACCCGGUGAACAUCUUAAAAACUACCCGUGGAUUUCCUCCACCCAUACGCCUUGGCUACACGAAAUCAGAACUGUACGGGGACUUAACGCAUCUCAACACUGUGGACGAACAUGCAAUCAAGGUAGCGAGCCAUGACCAUGCCUGCUUCAAGGACCUCCUGUGGCACCUCGUCUACAGUAAAAACUUCUUCUCCGACCUCGACAAGGCAAGGGUGAUAUUCAAAUGGAUGACUACAAAGAACCUGUACAGCAUUAAGUUCGACAAGUGUACGCCCGGCUCGGCGGAGGAGCUAUUUCAGUCGCUACAGAACAAGGAAACAACGUACGCCAAGGUGUUCGCCGUCAUUUGCGGCUAUGCGGGUCUAUACUGCGUAGUGUUGACGGGGUACGCGAAGGGGAAGGACUUCCGGCCUGGCGUCUCGUUCAAGGGAGAAUCCAACCACAGCUGGAAUGCAGUAAACAUCGACGACAAUUGGCACUUCGUCGACACCAAGUGGGCAGCAAUGACUCGCAACAACAACAACAGCACUGUGAAUGUGGAGGACGACUUCUACUUUCUGACGGACCCGGAACAGUUUAUCUACAGCCACUGGCCGCACCAGACUGAGUGGCAGUUCCUGCCCAGGAAAUUCUCGCUUUCCGAAUUCGAGGAGCUGCCCUUCGUCAAGCCGUACUACUUCCGUACCGGCGUACAGCUCGGUUGGACCGAGAGGCCCAUCAUCCGGGCAACUCACGGAGUGGUCACGUGGACACUCAAGAACGCUAAGCCGCUUAAAUUCGGAUACAAAGUCAUUCGGGAUAAAGAGGAUAGCAACUCGAACAAUUCUAGAAACCGAUGCCCAGAUUUAAAAACUUGUGUGUACCAAGAGAGUAAGGUGGACGAAACAAGGUUCGUCUUCAGGGCACCCAAGACGGGGAGGUUUACGGUGAAAUUCUACGCCAAAAGCUUGGAGCAGGAGGACGUAGUGAAGAACUUGACGGAGAUUGUCGAGUACCUCGUUGACGUCCAGGAACCAGCUUCGGACGCGGCUCCACUCGCACCGUGCAGCUACACCUCCUGGGGACCAGGCGUCAAAUCCAGAAAGCUUGGAUUAGAAGCGGACAAUAAGUCUGGCGUGGUGACGUCACUGGAACCGCACGUAGAGCUGAAAUUUCAAAAGACGCGCUCGCUGAGGGUGAUAUGCAAGCUGAGACGUCAUGACGUCAGUGACACCAUCCUGGAACGAUGUAUAUCUGUGAAAAACUUAGAUAAGAUAACCGUGUCAUUAAACUUGCCUGAGCCCGGGGAGUACGGAGUAGAUGUGCUAGUAUCCCAGCCAAACAAGAAGCGACUUUUUGCGCAUGCGUGUCAGUAUCUCGUCAUCUAUCUCGCCGACGACGAGAAAACGCCAUUUGUCACCGGGAUCACAAGUGGUCACGUGACUGAUGACGUAGACAGUGGACUAUUCGAGAACACAGAAAAAGAGAAGAAAGUGUCUUGGAAUAUACCCACCUUCGAGGCGCUAGAAAUUCAAGACCGCAAGGGGCCACCGCGAGUACCGGACGACUUCGAUCUGAUUCCUUUAAUAAAGAAGGGACCUGAUCCCUCUGCUGUCAGUUUCGGCCCCGGGGUCUCAUUCUACGACUACGUGGACAGACUGGUCAUUGAGUCGCUGGAUACUCACGCUGAGGAGGUCGCCCAGAGUCAGCAUGAGACGUUCCGGGAGCUGAUGUGGGACCUCGUCUUCUCUGUUAAAGUAACCAAUGAACUCGCCAAGGCCAGGUUGAUUUUCCGUUGGUUAACGAUCAAGAAAGUAGAAGAGAUCAGCUUUAAGACCGUUGAGAAGGAAAGCCCUGAAGAGAUUCUCGUCUGGCUCAAGAUUGGACGAUCCUCGCACGCUCAUGUCUUCUAUACCAUGUGCUGCUUUGCCGGUCUGCACUGCAAGGUGAUAUCCGGUCUGGUGAAGGGAACCAAUUACAAGAUCGGACAGAAGAUGACACCGGAAGAGUACCAGCACUGGUGGAACGGCGUGUACGUGUACGGCAAGUGGUGCCUUGUGGACAGCUACCUCGCCACCAUACCCUUAGUGAACAAAACCGGCUCCGGGGAGCUCAAAUAUAGCUUUAAUGAGAACUACUUCCUUGUGGAUCCGAAUAAGCUCAUUUUUACGCAUUUCCCCGAUGAGGCACAGUGGCAGUUGGUGAAGGAUGUUGAAACCUUGGAGGAGUUCUGCCUUCAGCCGAAGAUUACCCCACACUUCCUGCAGUUUGGUCUUCAGACGCUCUCCCACAAGGCGGGAGUUAUAUGCACUCGAGAUGAAACCGAAAUCCAGCUUGGUUUUCCGUCCAAACGUACAGGCCUCAAGUUUGUUUUUAGCCUCAUUUACGAGAACGGUGUUGAUGAGUUCAAUGGGAUCAAACUGGUUCAGUUUGGUAUGGUGGAAUGUCUACCACACGCGGCAAUUAUCCGCAUCAGCCUACCCAAGAAGGGCGUAUACUCGCUACAUAUCUUCGGUAAAGAAGACACUCCCUUCGGUAAGGACAUAUCUUUUUCACAAGUAUGUGAGUACGAACUGAAGCAAGAAAAAGAUCCUGGGAAGAUUGUUUGCCCGUAUCCGCCAUGUUCGUCCCUCAUGUGGGGACCGGGACCCGGGUUUUACCAACUCGGAUUGACACCGGGAAAUAGUCGUGCCAUAGUCCAAACAAAGGCCGGAAAGGCCGAAGUUCGUAUUAAGAUGGUUAAAGCCAUCCAGCUUCGAUCUCAGGUCAAGCUAAGUUCUCUGGCGCCUAGUCAAGAUUUACCGUUAGUUAUCUACAAAAUUAUAGAAAACAUGGCGUCUUUCACAGUCGUUGCGACGAUGAAGGGACGCUAUGGGUUGGAGAUUUACGCGCGGGACCCGGAUACCCAGGACACGGAGGACAUGAGGUUUCGCCAAGUAGCUCAGUAUCUCAUAGAAUGCAAUGAAGCCUCUCCUAACAUUGUUCUCCCCAAAGUUCCCCCAGGAUUUCUAGGGCCACAGCCGAAGUUUACCGAAUUCGGCCUCCGCACGUUGAACGAACACGACCCCCUUAUAGAGCUCAAGUCUUCGAAUCAUAUAGAAAUUCAGCUUGGUACGACACGGGACAUGAAAUUCAACGCUCAGCUCAUCCAAGCCGACAGCGGACUGGACGUGUCCGACUUCAUCUUUAUCCAAACCCAGCCCUCCAUUGUCACAUUCCUCGUGAACAUUCCUUCCACCCGAUUCUACAAGCUGCAAAUCCACGGAAACACUGCGGAGGAUCAAACCCACACCUCUCUAGGCCUAUUCAACUACUUAAUUGACUGCAAGAAGGUCGACCAAAACGUGUACCCGUACCCGCGCCAGCUAGGGCACUGGAAAGAGGGUUGUUACAUGUUCGAGCCGCUGAUUUUACACGGAGAAAUGAAAAAGGAGGACGUGAAAUUCCGCGUACAUGUUCCUAAAGCUAAGCAGGUGGUUAUAUUCGUGGAACAAAAUCACUUCCCGUUGACGUCACUCGGCCCUGUCCAAUGGGAGGGCAGCUUCGACCUGUCAAAAUAUUACGGCACGGACACAAAGGUGAUCCUAGCAGCAAACUAUGGCGGAGAUGAAGAAAGGUUUGCUACCUUGUUGGAAUAUAAACUGUAAUACAGUGUUCUAAAGUUAGUUUAGGAAUUAUCAAAAUGGAAGCGAAACUUGAAUUCCGCUUAUGCUCAGAAAAUUGUUUUGUAAUUAAUUUUUAGUGGUAUGUUUUGAGUUAUAAACAAAAGCGGGUCCAGCGGCUAAGGUGGGGGGCGCAUACCGAAAGAUUACGUCCUUAAGUUACGCCCCCUCUAAGGUUAAAUUCUGGACUCGCCCCUGAUAAAUGAACUUAAAUUGGUUGUUCUAGACAAUACAAGUCCAUGUGGUUGUGUUCUCGCAUGGAAAAUUCCCAUCGCAAUAAAAAAUGGAAGUGUUUAAGGAACAGAAAACAGACACGACUUCUGUGAAUAUAAUCACUGCGACUCAUUGAAGUAUUUCAUCAUUUCAUUAUAGUGAAAAACAUUUAUUAAAAUAUAAAAUUGUACACAGUUGAUAUAAAAACUUUGUACUUUUUUAUUAUAAUUAAAUAUGCAUAUCAUAAAUGUUGAGUGUUAUUAAUGUUGUAUUUUGACAAUUCAUGUCCUUAUAUUAACAAUGCAUGACUUUACUGCUGAAAAUAUAUUAUAAAGCAGGGCCUUACCGAACUGAUUUAUGUUUAGCGUCAACGGGUAGGUUUGAUUUGCAUCGCCUAAAUAAACGAAUAUAAGCGUACUGAAAUGGCGCCUCCUGCCGGGGGAUGGGGGGGGGGGGAAUCACAUACAGUUGAUUUAGACAAACUGCAGACGUUGUUAUCUAAAUCCAGGCUCCACUUUCUCGAAACUUCUUAAGUCCCUUAUAACUGGAUUAAACUAAGCUCACUAUUUUUGUUGUUCUGUAAUAUGAGUACCUUCUUUAAGAUUUUUUUGAAAUUAUAUAGGAAUAAUCUUUAUGAUAAUCACAAUAAAUCAUUUUUCAUUUAUCAAAAUCCAUAUUUGUAUGUAUGAUGGCAAAUUGAAAUAAGCUACUUAAGCCUGGUAUGUUUAAGAAGUUUCGAGGAAUUGGGGCCAGGAGCACGUACAUCGGGUAUACUCCUGGGGAUGAAUGAUGUUUUGAUGAUCAAACUUAAUAAAAAAAAAAUCAAAUCUAAAGAAGAAGUUAAUUUUUCGAGAUUGCAAUCUCACAGGGCCUGUCAAAAUCCCUCCUGUUGGGAAUCACUCCCUGUCUAAAGUCCCCUAUAUGCCCGUCACCCACUCCUCUUUCGGGCAUAACAUCAAUAGGUGAAUAAAUAAAAACUGUAAUUUCGAAAUAUGCGAGUCUCUACUUGUAUUUAAACAAACGCAUUGAAAGUAUUAUAUAUUUUUCUAAACAUUACAUCAGUUUCGGCAUGGCCUUAUAUUUCUGGUCUUCCUUUACCUCAUUCUAUACUUCUCAAAAUUUGCUACGGAACACAUGUAUAAGGCUAUUAUAAGUAAAAGCUAGAAGCUUUACCUCAAAUAAGCCUUAAAUUUGGUGGGAAUACACUGGGAUGGUAAACGAUAUGCAGCUUAAGCCAAUCUUAUAACAAAACAAUACAUCAUUUACUCCAUUCAAUGUAUAGGUCCGUUAUUUAUAUCGAGCAAUCCGAUUAGUUACAUCGUUCUUAGAUCCAAUUAUGACCAGUAUUGAACACCACCCAUGGUGAUACUUAUACAAUGCGUAUUGUCCUUCCAAAGGAGUUGUAAUCGAAUUAAAAGAAUAUUACUAAACAAAUCCCCACCCAAAUGUGUUAAUCACUUCAUAAUGUCAAGGGGCCAUAACUCAAGUAUGACAAACGUAAGACGUGAAUGUUUUUCCUUUUCAAUCACGUUUAUAACUUACUUCAAAGCAAAUAAAGGGUAAAAUUGUUUCUUUUUUCAUAUUUUGAAUCAGGAACUUUUUAUAUUUUAAUAAACGUCAUAAUUUAUGUCCGUUAAUUUGAUACAAACAUGUUUUACCAAAUUAUCAUUUUGAGAUGACUUUCUAAAAACUGUUGACAACGUUUAAAUUAACAGUUUGUUUUUCUUUAAACAGAUAUAUACUUUGAGAUCAAAAUGAUAACACGUGUUCCUUAGCAAACAAUGAGGAGUAUGUACUUUACAUAAUAGAUAGUAUACCACCACGUUAGCAUUAGCCCAUUAAUAGUCUUCUUUAUAGUUGUCUUCCAGUCGCUAGUAUUGCCGUUAAUAUUUCCAUUGUAUUAUUUUCUUUCUUUUUUGUGAUCCAUAUUUUUGCAUAAUUUGUUAUCAUAUUAUUUUAUGUUUAAGAAAGUUAAGCAAUAAAAUUACAUAACUUUGA